AUGUCAAGCAAUGACCUGAACUAUGUCGUAGACACGAUGGCUACCGCUUUGAGCAAACGGCCAACCAACAGCAUCGGGUUUAUAGUGGCACCAUGGCUGUCAUCAGAAAGAAUCGUGAAUGCUCAGCGAGGCGAACGAAGGCGGGUGGAGGACAAGUGUGACGCCCGCAACCUGAUGACGGCUAUGAUUACGGUCAGAAUGCAGCCACCACCACAAAGCAAACAUGUGCCAAUGAUCUUCCAUGCUUGGGUUGUAUUUGACGAAUCAUCCUUUGGGGACAACAUCUUCAACGAAUGUGCUCUGAUGCUGGACAGGCAAGGUUCCAAUAUCAGUUGA